CUCCUGCCUGCGGUGGACGCGUUCAGCCGCAGCUUCGCGCUCACCGCGCAGCCCGGCUUUUCCAACGUGGCGGUGCUGCUGGCGCGCGAGCCCACCCCGGUGCUCCUUGAUCAGCAGCCGCUGCCCAACCUGCACUGGCGCCUAAUCCCCGGCGGCCCAGAGCAGCACUCUGGUGAAAGCCAAGCGCCCGCUCCGGGUUUCGUCUGGACCGAGGUGGCAUAUGGGCCUGAGCCCGGAGUGGUGCACUUCCUGGAAACUCCCGGGCCGCCGGUGGGCGUGCUUAGCUUCGGCACCGCCCCUGGCGCGGGCUUCGGGACCCAGGCCAUGCGGCAGCCAAGCGUGGAUAUUCUGACUGCGGAAGAUCCGAACCCUCCCGCAGAAUUCUAUCCCCUUCUAGAAUCUUCUCUGAUGAUGCCACUCCAGUUCCCAGGAUCCUGUAAGGACCAUGUAUGCUCCAGUGGAACCACAUGUUACCUUGUGAGGCACAAACCUGAGUGUGUGCCCGGCACCCUGGCCACCGAGAUCAUGUUCAGUCCCAAGCCAGUAUCUCUGAAGGACUCCAAAAUGGUGUCCAUCUCCAGGUCUAAAACCACAGCAGUGCCCAAACCAGGAUCAGAGAGCACACCUGAAGCAGAGCCAGGGCUUGUCUCCAUGGCCAUGAAUGAACUUCAGCCUCAAUCUUGGGCUUUGGUAAAACCAGAACUUGAACCUCUGGGUCUAAAAGAACCAUUUCCUGAAGCCCUGGUUGUGGCUGAACUAGCACCCGCACCUUUCCCCCUGCGCAUGCCCACAGCUGAACCAGAGUCCAAACCCAAGACAGAAACCAUCCCAGCAGCCAAGAUGGGGCUCAAGGUGGCGGCAGUGACUAAACCAGGCUCAGAGGCUUUCUGGCAAGAACUUGAAACUGCGUCUGAGUCCAAAAUGCCAUCGGAGGCCAAGCUGGAGACAGUGGACAUCUCCAGUAAGGGGCCGGGGGACAUCACAGGGGGUACCUGCUGGGUUUCUGGACUGCCAUACAUCUACACUUUUGACGGCUACUCUUUUCCUGUGCCUGGGGGCUGUACCUACAUGCUGAGCCAUUGCCCUCAGGCCCUACCCAGUGGCCUCCCUGCCUUCCAGCUGUGGAUCGCCACCUCUGGAGAGAGGCAGCCCAUGCACUUUGUCACAAUGCGUAUCUUUGGUAUCACCAUCACUGCUGUCAAGCAUGAGUUCGGCUUUGUGCAGGUGGACCACCAGCGGCUCCGGCUGCCAGCGACGCUGCACGGAGGGAGGCUGCGGUUGCAUUUCCGCAGCUCAGAACUAUGGGCAGAGGCAGGUCUGAAGCAAGAGCCACCAGCGCUGCGCCUGGUGUACGACUGGCAGCACGCGCUCUCUCUGCAAGUGGCCAAGGGCUACCGGGCGCACGUGGUGGGCCUGUGCGGCAACUUCAACCAGGACCCGGUAGACGAUGUGGGCGGUCCGGACCUGCGUGCUUUCUUGCGCACUUGGGCCUUGCAGCCACCGGACGCCCCAUGCCACGCCUUCUGGGCUGCUCCCUGCGCCAAGCCAGCGUCCCCAGCCGAGACCCCAGGGCCCUGCGCCAUUCUGGCCGAUCUGAACGGGCCCUUUAGCCCCUGCCACGACGUGCUGCUGCCUGGGCCCUUCGAGAUCAGCUGCAGGGCUUGGAUCUGCCCCUUUCCCAACUACCGACCUGCGCUUUGCUUAACUCUCCAGGUCUACGCGCACGCGUGUCAGCGCCUGGGUGUCAGCAUCGACUCCUGGAGAUUCCAGACUGGCUGCCCCAUUGAGUGCCCCCAAAACAGCCACUAUGAGCCGUGUGGCUCCUCCUGCCCCGAGACGUGCAUGGGUCCGUUGGGAGCAUCGUGCCCGCUGCCCUGCGGGGAAACGUGCACCUGUGACUCCGGCUAUGUUCACAGCGGUCCUGCCUGUGUCCUGCGACGCCGGGGACCUGGUGGCUGUGGCUGCACACACCAGGGACGUCUGCUGGGACCAGGCGAGACAUUAUGGGAGGGUGUGGGCUGCAUGCGCCGCUGUGUCUGCCCAGCUUUAGGAGGGAGCGUGAUCUGCAGCCAGGGUGGUUGCAGGCCAGGCGAGCGCUGCAUUCUGUCCCACGGCCUGCGCACCUGUGUGCCCUGGAGCAUGGCCACAUGCGUGGCAGCCGGCGGAGGUCACUACAUCACCUUCGAUGGGCGCCGUUUUCGCUUCCCUGGCUCUUGCGUGUACCUGCUGAGCGGCCUCAGUUCUCCCGCACCGCAGGAGCUGGCAGACUUCCGUGUGCUCCUGGGCACCGGUCCUGAUGGAGUCCCAAGUAGCCUCGAAGUGCUUCUGUCUGGUUACCACCUGAAGCUGGACCCCAAGGAACCCGGUCAUGUCCUGGUGAAUGGAGACUGGCAGAAUCUACCAUUCCAGGCUCUGAGCAACAGUACCCUCAUCUUUCGCCAUGGCUGGGACACUGUGAUCAGCUGCCCCUUUGGCCUGCGCGUGACCUAUGCCCCUGGGAUCCGCGUGGUAGUGGAUCUUCCAGCAGCAUAUAUGGGCCAUGUGGCAGGGCUGUGUGCUGACUACAAUGGGGAUCCCGCGGAUGACCUCCAGGUGCCUGGAAUUGUGCUGGGCACCAACAUGCCUGAGGAUGCACUGGCUUGGGCCUUUGGCCAUAGCUACUUGGUGGGUUCCCCGACUGAGUGCCUGAAUGCUGCUGACAAGAGGCCGCUGCCGCCACCAUCCUGUGUCACCCUGCCAACCACCAGCACCCCAGCCCACUUUGCCCACAUCUGUGACAUCCUCUUGGACCCCCUGGGGCCCUUCCAGCUGUGCCAUGAGAUGCUGGCACCAGGCCCCUAUGUCCAAGAUUGCAUGGUGGAUGUAUGCCUGGGUAUUGGACCCUGCCCCAUGCUCAGCCUCUACUGUGAAACUUGCCAGCUGCUGGGCGGCCAAGUCUUCCCCUGGCGGAAUUCGAGUCUGUGCAGCCCGCUGUGCCCUGCACACUCGCACUACACACUGUGCGCUCCGGAUUGCUCAGCCACUUGCGCGGGACUGAAGACACCGCCUGGCUGCCACAGCCCUGGGCUCUGCCGCGAGGGCUGCGUGUGCGACGGGGGCUUUCUGCUGAGUGGCGCCGUCUGCGUGCCCCAGGCUCAGUGUGGCUGCCUGAGCGCCGGCCGCUACUUGGAACCCGGCGCGCCGCUGCCUCCCCCUCACCCCGCGACCAACCGCUGCUGCCGUUGCCACGCCGGCGGCCAGGUGGUCUGCAAACCCUGCCGCGCAGCCCGGGGCCGCCCAGGCGUCUGCCUCGCCUCAGAAGGACUCCGCUUCCGCACCUUCGAUGGCACCACCUUCCACCUUCCAGACGCCUGCACCUAUUCGAUGGUGAGCACGGGCAUGGGCCGCCUUCGGGGUGUGUGGCCCUUCGAAGUGGUGCUGGAGAAAGACCCACGGAUGCCCGAGCUCCGCCGCGUGCUGCUCCGCGUGCAUGGUCACCGCUUCGACCUAGACUGGGAGGACUGGGGAAACAUCACGGUGGACGGCGUGCGGCGCUGCCUGCCCUUCGCGCUGACCAACGGCAGGGUGCGCACCUUCGCGCGGGGCGCCUCCGUGGUGCUCGCGGUGCGUGGGGGCCCGCGCCUGCUUUUCGGGCUCGGUGGCCACCUGAGCGUGGAGCUGCCUGCGGCCUACCGUGGCCUCACGCGCGGCCUCUGCGGCAACUUCAACGGCAAUGCGUCUGAUGACCUACAGCUGUGGCCCGGACCCUGCGGCGCGCCACAUCCCUGCCCGGGUUCGGGCUGUCCACCGGCCGCCGGGAACGCGGGCGCAAACCCAGCGUGGCGUGGCGCUUGCGGCCUCCUGCGCGAGCCCAGCGGCCCCCUGGCACCCUGCCACGCACUCCUGCCACCGGAGCCCUUCUUCCAGGCCUGCGUGGCCGACAUGGGCCGCGCCCGCGGGAACCGCAAAGUGCUCUGUGCCUUCCUGCAAGCCUACGUGGCUGCCUGCCAGACGGCUGGUGCGGAGAUGAGGCCCUGGAGGGCUCCCAGCUUCUGCCCCAUGCGGUGCCCCCGCCACAGCCACUACAGUCUGUGUGUGAACCCCUGCCCUGCGGCCUGUCCAGGUGUUCAGGAAGUGGUGCGGCUCCCCACUCCCUGUGCUGAGGGCUGCGAGUGUGAAAAUGGAUUCUUCCCGGCCGGGCGUGACUGUGUCCCUGUGGACCACUGUCCUUGCUUCCACAAUGGCCAGUACUUCCCUCCGGACCAGACUGUCCUCAUCAAGAACUGCUCCUCCUCCUGUACCUGCCAGCUAGGGGAGGGUGUGGCCUGUGUCCCCUUCAGCUGCCCUAUGCAGGAGGUCUGUGGCAUCACAGAUGGAGUCCUAAGCUGCCGUUUGCAAGCCACCUUGGGCCCUGCCCCGACCUCUGUGGCCCCACCACUGGUUCCCCCACCUCCCCCACCCCUGCUCCCCAGCCCCAGUCCCCAGUGCCCAGAAAGCUCCCACUUUGUUCCAUGCGGCUCUGCAUGCCCAGCCACAUGUGCCAACCCUGCAGCCCCAGAGCACUGCCACGACCCCUGUGCUCCAACCUGCCAGUGCCUCCCUGGCUACUUGCUGCUAGGGGACGGAUGCGUGCCCCGUGCCCAUUGCCCCUGCUUCCUGCACCAAGGCCAGACUUUCUGGACAGACAACUGUACUCAGCAAUGUCACUGCCCGACCCUUGGGACCCUGGUGAGCAAGCUUCCCCAGUGUUGGCCUGACAAGUGCAAUGGUCACUGUAAGGCCUCCAUAGGUGGCUGGUACCACUGCCUGUUAGUGCCGUCCCCACCCAGUCCCACUGUCAUGGAGAAGUCACUGGUCUGUGCUGCCACUGGAGACUUCCACUUCCACACAUUUGGAGGAACCCACUAUGAAUUCCCUGGCUCUUGUGUCUACCGCCUGGCGGGUCUCUGUGGCACAGCCCAUGCCAACCUUGAGCCCUUCAGUCUGGAUUUGACCCCAUUGCUGCGGCCACGUGGCUGGACCAAGGCCCUGACCCUCUCAGCCUGUGGCCUGAGGCUGGACAUGAGUCCAAAAGAUCUCAACCACAUCCGGGUGGAUGGAAUUCUGGAAUCACUGCCCUUCUUUCACGGCCACUGCCUCCGUGCCUACUACCAAGGCCAUCAGCUCUGCGUAGACACGGACUUCGGCCUCUCCCUGACUUACGAUUGGGACAGCCUGGCACGUGUAAUGCUGCCGAGGCGCUAUGGACCCUACCUGUGUGGGCUGUGUGGCCAACACAGUCCGAGCAGCCCCACCAUGCAGGUGCCUGACACCUGGAAGGUGGCAGAAGUGUCUGGUUGUGGCCCAUUCUGCGGGCCCCUCUGUCCCGGCCCCUGCCCAGAAGCCAAGCGCACUGGAUUCGCUGGAGACGCCUACUGUGGGCUGCUGACGGCGGCAGAGGGUCCCUUCGGGUCAUGCUACGCCGCGCUGGACCCGCUCCCGUUCAUGGACAACUGCCUGGACGACGCGUGUCGCCACUACGGCGCUCAUCACAUCGUCUGCCGAGCCCUGACGGCCUACACUGUCGCCUGUCAGGCUCUGGGCGUGCGCCUGCGGCCCUGGAGGACGCCUGACUUCUGUCCCUUGCGCUGUCCGCCGCACUCGCACUACGAGCUGUGCGGCCCGUGCUGCCCCGCCACGUGCGCGGGCCCAGAGAGCUGCUCCGGCCGCGGCGCCAGCGGCAGCCGCUGCUGUGAGGGCUGCGUGUGCGACGCGGGCUUCGUGCUGAGCGGCGCCGCCUGCGUGCCUGCGGCCAAGUGCGGCUGCCUCCGCGCCGGCCGCUACCGAGCUCUGGGCGCCGCGUGGUACCCCGGGCCCGGCUGCGCACGUCGCUGCCAUUGCGGCCCGGGCGGCGCGGUGACGUGCGGAGCGCGGCCGUGCCGGCGCGGGCGAGUGUGCGGCCUGCGCGGAGGCGAGCGCCGGUGCUUGCCUGAAGGACGAGGCAGCUGCGCCCUCGCCGGGCCCGCGCACGUGCUCGCCUUCGAUGGCCGCGUGCUCACGCUGCCACCGCCCGCGCCCUUCCCUUCUGGGCCCUGCCUCCACCUGCUGGCCAGCAGCGGAAGCCAGGGGCCCUGUCGCUUCAGCCUAGACGCGGCCCGCGAUGGGGCCGGGCUGCUCAGCCUGCACCUCAACAUCUCCGGGCACCACCUGCAGCUACACCGCUCCCUUGUCGGCGUCAUCACGGUGGAUGGUGAGCACUGCCGGCUGCCCUGGGUAUUGGCAGAGGGCAGCGCCUGGGCCACUUUGGAGGGCCGCCAUGUAGUGGUGUACACGGCCUGUGGGCUACAUCUCAUGUAUGACUGGGACAGCCAGAUGCGCCUGACUGUACCUUCCACCUUCCAUGGCCAGCUGGUGGGGAUCUGUGGGGCCUUUGGUGGCAAAGUUGGCCCCCUUGACCUACCUCUAGACAAAAGGUCCUGGCCCAAGGGCCUGGUCACUAACCCCUGCCCGCUGCCCCAGCCCAAUCUUGACUUUAGCAUCAGCUGCCCCACUCAACGCGCCCAGAUCGUCAAUGCUCCUGAACUAUGUAGACUUCUACAGGCACCCGAUGGUCCCUUUGGCCGCUGCCUGGACCAUAUCAGCCCCAAGCCUUUCCUUAGGAUUUGUCUGCAAGACAUAUGUCAUACCCAAGGCCAGCACCUCGGUCUCUGUGAUGCCCUCACAGCCUAUACUGCCGCCUGUCAGGAAGCUGGCAUCCCUGUGACACUCUGGAGGGGCCCCAAGCUUUGCCCCAUGGCUUGUCCACCCCAAAGCCACUACAGCAUCUGCGCACGGACCUGUGAUGGGGGCUGUGUCGAGCCUACCAGCCCUGCGCACUGUUCUACCCAGUGUUACGAGGGCUGCGAGUGUGACCCUGGACUCAUUUUUGAUGGCACAGAUUGUGUGUCUCAGGACCACUGCGGCUGUUUUCACAGUGGACGCUACAUCCCUGUUGGGGAAACUCUGGUCCUACCUGGCUGCCAGGAACGCUGUAUGUGCUUGCGUGGUCAAGGCCUCCAGUGCCAGCCCUUUUCCUGCCCACAGGGCACAGGCUGCAUCCUGGAUGGGGGUGUGCGGUCCUGUGAAACUGGGGAGGGUGCUACAUGCCACCUCGAGCCGGGGGGCCACUUCACCACCUUUGAUGGCUUUAGUGGGCUCACACCCAUGCCUGUUACAUCCUGUGCCUAUGAGCUAGCCACAGUGGUGGGUUCCAGAACUGAGGAUCCUGACUGGUUCCAUGUCAUUGCUGACUUCCUGCCCUGUCCUGGCUGCACUACUCGCAAACCACGAGUGAUCAUCGGCUUCAGGGAUGGCUGUGCAGCUGUGGGAACCAAUCAAGAAAUAUGGGUGAACGGACAACCUGCGCGGCUCCCAGUCCAAGUGUGCAGGGGCGUGGUCGCACGCUGGGCCGAGGGCUCCCAGGUUGUCAUCGAGAGGUCCCCCACGCUGCGGGUGCUGGUGGGGCCGGAAGGGGCCGUGGCCCUACGGGCCUCCCCCGCGCUCCAAGGACGCCUCCGAGCAGCCUGCGGGGACUACAACGGAAUUGCAGCCGACGACCUGAUACUCCCAGGAGGACUCCGGGGUGCCAGCCUAACCGACGUGUUCCAGGCGUGCCGGGCUCGGGGCUUCAACAACUGCACGGAGAAGGUUGUUACUCCAGCCGUGACACAACACUUCGCCUGACGCCGUCCCUCUGUGUGUCCCCGUGGUUGGGACCUCCUGACACACACCUGCCCUUGGGAUGGGAACCCACGGACCUCCCCGAGAUUGUUUUAAU